ACCAGCAUGCAGGGACCCUGGGUAGGCAGCUGGAGACCUCAUCCCCGAAGGGGCCCAAUCCUUGCAGAAUUCAGCACCCCAGGUCCCAAGUACUUGAUCCCUGGGACAACAGGUCACCCAGGUCAUGAUCCCACCAUGGAGAGAGCUCCUGCAUAUUCACUUCGAGGGACCAAAUGUCCUAGUGCAGAGACCGGCUCACCAGGUCCUCGAUACUACAUUGAUUCAUCCAUCACCAAGACUGGGAAGUAUGUGCCUCCAUCAGCACUGGUGACAGCACGGCUGAAGACCAAGAUUGCAGUCACCCCAGGACCCAGUGACUACACCACAGAACCUGCUAAUAAACACGUCUUCCAUACUGCACCCGCAAAUAGCAUGCUGUCCCGACCCAAGGACUUCAAAGGCUUCCAAACGCCAGGUCCUGCUACCUAUAGCCUGCCCAGGAUUCUGGGACCCCACACAGUAUACACCCGUGCUGAACCAUGCUACUCCAUGAGAUGGAAGAGUCAAUACCAGAGCUGUUUUCAGGACAUGGCAAAGACUCCGGGUCCUGCAGCAUUUGACAAGGUGGAACUGGACAUCUACAAACCCAAGGCUCCCAAGUACUCAAUGGGACUUAAAACCAAACUUGUUGGCAAGGGUACAGAACCAAGUCCAGCAGACUACAGCCUUGGAAAGUUGUCAGCGACCAAGGCCCGGGAUCCUGCUUUCAGUUUUGGAAUUCGACAUUCUCUCUACAAAGCUUCUUUAAUACCUUCAACACAUCUUGAUUAA